AUGGGCUGCCGCGUCUUCGCGCUCUCCGGGCUGCAGCUGCUGGAGCUGUCGCCUUCGCGGCUGGCGGAGCUGCAGGGCCUCGAGGCGCUGAAGGACCUUCUGGCCCCCCGGCUGGGUGCCGCCUCCGUGCGCCUGCGGCUGCUGGCAGGGGCCGACGAGGUUUCUGAGUGGCCGCCGCCGCGGGACUUGCAAGUGGUGGUCCUGCCCUGGUGUCAGCACCUGGCGCGAGAGCUGCUGCUUGCGGCCGGGGGCGGCGACGUAGCCGCCGUGGGGCGGCUUCUUCGAGCGCCCCAGGACCCCAACGGGGGCGCGUUGCAUGCAGCGGCGCGGAACGGGCACGUGGAGGUGCUCCAAAGCCUGCUGGCGGCUUCCGCCGCCUUAGACCUCCGUGGCGCCUACGAGGCCACGGCCCUGCUGGAAGCGGCGGAGCGGGGGCACCUACCCUCCGUGCGCUGCCUUGCGGAGGCACGCGCCAACCUGGACCUCGCCGGUCUGGGUUGCACCACCCCUUUGCUCGCAGCGGCGGAGCGGGGCCGGCUGGACGUGGUGCGGUUCUUGUUGGCAAAAGGCGCUGACAAGGAAGCCGCGGACGCGCGGGGCGUGACUCCGCUGCUGGCGUCGUUGGGCCAUUUGCAGCUUACAGAACUGCUUUUGGAGGCAAAGGCUGAGCUCAACACGCCGGAGAAGGACGGGAAGACCCGCUACGCCUGGCAGCGGGCAUGGGCUACCUUGACGUUGCGCGUUGCUUACUGGAGGCCAGUCCAAACUCCAAUCGGCCUUCUUUGGAGGAAACCAGAGGCCAGGGCCAGCCUGAACUGCCCUGACGCGCUCGGGGUCACCGCGCUAUGGGCAGCGGCGCGCAACGCGCGCCUGGACGUGGUGCAUUACCUGCUGCAGCAACAGCACGUGGACAAGGACGCGCCAGAUAUCGACUCGGAGACGCCCCUGCGGAGCGCUGCGGAGCAUGGCCACUUCGAGGUGGCCCGCGCCCUGCUGGCCGCGCGCGCGGACUUGGAGCUGCCCGGCGCCGAGGGCCGCGCCCCGCUGCGGGCGGCGGCGCAGCACGGGCACCACGAGGUGGUGCAGUGCCUGCUGGCGAGCCGCGCGGCUCUGGACGCUUCUUGCGAGAACGGGCGCACGCCGCUACGUGCUGCCGCGGAGGCGGGCCAGCUCGUCUCGCGGCUGAUCUCCGCCAAGGCCGACUCAACUAAAAGCGACGAGGGCAUGACGCCGCUGCAUGCCGCCGCGGGCAAGGGACACCUCAGGCUCCUGCCGCUUCUGACGGACACCUUGGAGGCCCGCGACCACCUUGGCGCCACGCCGCUCUGGCGCGCGGCGCGGGCGGGGCAGGUGGAAGCAGUGAAGUUUCUGGCAGAGCAUGGCGCAGACACAGACUGCUUCGUCAACACGGGCCAGACGGCGCUGCAGGCUGCGACGGAAAGAUGUCACUCUCAGGUUGUCAACUUUUUGAGAGAGGCCGCGGAUGACGUCCGCAAGCCGGCCAAGCGUUGCCGGCUGAGCGACCAAAGCGUCGCCUUUCGCUGUGCGCAAGCGGAGCCAUGGAUUGAAAAAUGUGAGUGCUAUGGACCACGUGCACAGAACGAGCUCACGAGCUGCGGGCAAAACAAACUCGCCAUUGAUGAAGGGCCUGAGGAGUGCCCAAAUUGA